AUGAUUAUAUUUGUAAUAACUUCACGCAGUUUCUGCUUUACAAAGAGUCCAUGAACGCAACAUCGGUCCGGCUCCUUUGGUCUCCACUCCUGUUCUUUCAUUGAGCCGACAGGACUCCAUGUUGUUCCGUCAGCCACGAAGUGAACAAGUGCCCUGGCCGAAAACUCUCACGUUGCAACUCUGCGCCUGAGAAGUAAAUUGUGAGUGUGUAGACCCCCCAAAAGAAGAUGGCAGACUACCGGGACGACACCGGAGCGCGAGCCUUGCUUGCUCUACAGUCGGCGCCGUGCAGCCCCGUUCGCGUCGCUGUGACCUCUCACACCUAUCAUCAAUCCUCGCUUGCCCUCUUGGGUCCUCCGUUGAUGGAAGCCCGCACCGAUGCCGGUAUUCUUCCUGUCCGGCUCUCUUCUACUCCUCCGCAGGCCCUGGCUAGGCUCGAGGGCCGGGACUUUGAGUUUGUCAUGCGCCAGCGGACAGUCACCAUAGGCCGGAACUCGUCUCACGGCUCAGUGGAUAUCAACAUGGGUCACUCGAGCUUCAUUUCACGGAGACAUCUGCAGAUCACCUACGAUGAGGUUGUUGGGUUUUCUCUUCGGUGCCUGGGUAAAAACGGCGUGUUCGUUGACGGAGUGUUCCAGCGGAGAGGAGCGCCACCGCUGCCGCUGCCCCGAGAGUGUGUGUUUCGUUUUCCCAGUACCGUAAUCAAGAUACAGUUUAUGUCGCUCCUGGAUGUUGAAGAGCACAGAGAGAAAGAGCAGCCUUCUCCUCCCCCUCGUCCACUUCUGCCCCACAUUUCGCCUCUUAAAAUCAGCAUUCCCACAGCGCAGCAACAUGAAGAGCUCAUGAGGACGUUCGGCUCUCCGCUGCCCUCACCCACCGGCACCAUCAGUGUUCCUAACUCCUGUCCAGCCAGCCCACGAGGGGCAGGAUCAUCGGGGUAUCGCUACGGACGCAAUGUGACCUCCGACCUCCAGUUAGCAGCUGAAUUUGCUGCCAAAGCUGUUUCUGACCAGAGACGAAGUCUAGCUGAGCAGAGGGGUGGGGGCACUGAGCAGCGAGGGGAGUCAGCGGGAGGGGACAGCCCUAGGGAUGAGUCCAAGCCCCCAUAUUCAUAUGCACAGCUGAUAGUCCAAGCAAUCUCUUCUGCCCCAGACAAACAGCUGACUCUCAGUGGCAUUUACGCCCACAUCACCAAACACUACCCCUACUACCGCACUGCAGACAAGGGCUGGCAGAACUCAAUCAGACACAAUCUCUCUCUCAAUCGCUACUUUCUGAAAGUGGCCCGCUCUCAGGAUGAGCCUGGAAAAGGAAGUUUUUGGCGUCUUGAUUCUGCCUCUGAAACCAAGCUGGUGGAGCAAGCUUUCAGGAAAAGACGGCAAAGAGGGGUGGCUUGCUUUAGGACACCGUUUGGGCCUUUGUCUUCAAGGAGUGCCCCUGCAUCUCCCACCCACCAGGGACUUCUUUCUCCUCCAUCCAGCGGGCUGCAGACUCCUGAGUGUCUCAGCAGGGAGGGCUCCCCUAUCCCUCAUGAUCAACAUGAACAGCUGGCUAGCAAAUUGGCGUCUGUACCUGAGUACAGGUAUUCUCAGAGUGCCCCAGGCUCUCCAGUCAGUGCUCAGCCUGUCAUCAUGGCUGCUCCUCCCCACCCAACAGUCCUGAACGCAGGCAAGGCCUUUGCUUUAGUUGCAGGCGGCGGUGGCCAAGUCCAGCCCAUCCAUGUGCUCCAAAGCGCCCCUCAGUCCUCUGUCACUAUGGUACGAGUGGUUACCAGUGCCCCUCCAUCUUCCAACCCUCCAAAUGGGUACGCCACUGUUGGAGGAGUGGAGGCCAACUGUGAUUUCAGAGAUGCCCAGCUGCACAGAGAGCGUGUGAUCCAGACUUUGGACAGUGCAGUGCAGGGUGGAGAAGGACGCCACCUGACUCCAGGUUUACACCAACUUCCUAUUCGCCCCAUCACCCAGAAUGGCAAACAUACCAGCGCUGUUGUUUCCACAGCAACCAGCCUUGCUAAUGCAACUGGCCUGAACAGUCCUCUGCAAAUCUUGGCUGCCCAGGCCUCCAGCUCUCCCCCAGUGUUGGUGAGCAGACAAUCCAGUGCAGACACCUCAGCCGGGCAACCAGGCGAGCCGCAGGCCAAGCGGCCUAAGAUGGAGGAUGAAGGAGGGACCGAAUCUGCUCAGUAUCAAGUCACACCUGCUCAGCAGCCUGUCAUUGUUGCCAUGACAUCACAAACCCAUGACCCUAGGCAAUAAAAUCCAGGGCCUCCUACAAGGUAUCCAGUGGACUGCCUCUUAGUUAUCCCCUCAAUGCUUUGCCUUUGACACAAAUUUGAUGCAAUUGUAGCCAACAUGGCUACAAAAUGUGCAGGCAGUCUAUCAGCAUGGAUUUAAAAUGUCCAAAACAUACAUGUCUGUAAAAGCUAGAUGAAAACUGGCAGAUAUGUUAUUAAUUUUUAUAAUGAUAAGUAAAUCAAUUUCUUUGGCGACAAAGGACAGUUCAGAUUUUUAUGCAUAUAAAAGUGAUUUCAGCACUACGUUUACUUUGUGAAUGUUGGAUCAAUCGCAGAUACAAAAUAUUUGUUUAUGGAUGUGAUGCAUCACAUACCAUCACUCUCAGGCCAAAGACCUCACUUUUACUGCUAUUCUGAUUAGCCACUGCCUGACUUAAAAGGAAUGAGCUCAGAGAUUUGAGAGGCCUGUGGAAGGAAGCUGUGAUAAUUAGUUGAUAUAACAUUUCUGGAUAGAAAGUUAGGAGUUGGCAGCACAUACCCCGACCAGGGUUACGAGUCCCAGGAGGCUGGUAAGAAUAUGAUUGUACUUUUCAGAAAAGGAUAUUUUUGGAUUUUUAAAACAAGACAGAAAAAAAAAUCAAACAUGUUUUCUUAUAAAAGACAGGCCAAUACCAGAAUGUAAAACAUCUUGCCUUUUCUAUAAAGCACAAUAGUAUAUUGUUUUUGAAGAGCAGAUCUUUGUAAACACGAGAAUGAGAAACCAGCAGUUUGCAGUUUUCAAAUUUACUUCAGCUCAGUUUUCAGUGUGAAGCUCUUUGGAUUCAGGAUGAUCUUGGAGAAAGGAGAGCAGCACUGUGCAGAGAGAGAGCAAAAAGAGGCAACUACAUGGAGUAGACUGAAAUAGAGCUAACCUAAUAUAGACAAACUGAUUGUUGUUUUCUUUUUUUUUUUUUGUUUGUUUCAGUAGUGGUAUAAGGAGAAGUGAAACAGCCUGUGCUUACAGUUUUGUCUUAGCACAGAAAAGCAUUAUUGUAAUAAUCCUUAAAGCCUUAAAUAUUUCUACAUUUUUGUCUUUUAACUUUUAGACAGCUUUAUUAUUUUAGAUUAACAUAGCGCUUUAACAGUACAAAAUCAGCAACACUACAGUGGUGACGGCUAUGCUGCAUCAGCGGACAUCCAUCAGUUUUACCACGGGAAGAGCGGGACCAACUCAUGACCACAAAUUUCAACUGAUCUUUAGUUUUCUUUUCCAUUCUGUACGGUACUUUAGACAUAUUCUCUCCUCUUAGCUCGCUAGUCUUUUGCUUUUAUGUUUCCCUCAUUAACAGUUUUGUUUGUAUUUUUUCCUCCCAGUCUACCUCUCAUCCCCUCAGUGACUAGUCCUUGCGGUUUCCAGAGGCAUCAAGCUGUACCUGUGACAGACAUUGCCUUAAUUAGCUGUUCUUUAGCACUUUCUCCCCCCGCUCUUUUCUCUCAUUCUCACUCUGCCUUUAGCAUUUCUCAAUGCCCCCCACUCACAGGCUUCAUUUUUAGCUGGUAAUCAGGCACAAGAUAUGUGAUUGUUGCACAAUAUUAAAGGAAAAAAAACAAUGAUUGUAUGCUGCUCUAUCUGCUAAAUGACAAAGCUAUUUAGAAGGUUUUUUUUUUUCUUAUUUUAAAAAAAUUAAAAAAAUAUUUUGCUAUAUGUAAAAACAGCUUGUCAUCAAUACGUAAACAUUCUGGAAAUAGAGAAGUAUAUGUAUUUUUAAAUGUUCCUGUUUUUUUGUGAUUAGUUCAAAUGUGUAGCACAAAUUAAAAUUCCUCAUUGACAUAAA